CGUAACAUACUAACAUGAACAGCCUUGGUACCAAUUACCAAAGAAUAGUCCAACAAAAGUUAUACACUCUCAUUCGCUCGUUCGCAUGUUAUAUCGAAUAUCAUAGAAUAGAAAUAAAUAGAGAUGAACAUCAUCGCCUCACGGCCCUUUCUUUGCCAAUCUUUCUUUCCCUCUUCACCCCCUCUUUCUAGCAAACGUACACUACUCGUAGGGCUUCGCUAUGUCUGCAUUCUCUGCCUUACUCCAGAAUUCUCGUCGUCGGCUUCUCUACAACUUAUUCUCUCGUCAUUGCUCGAGAUGCAUUUCGACUCCAUCCUCUUCUUCAUUGGAGAUAAAUGUAGACCUCUCUCAUCCUACUUACAUGGUCUGGGGUUCAAACACAGGUGUUGGAAAAACCCUAGUUUCAACAGGCCUCGCUGCUUCUGUUCUCUCUUCUGCUGCUUCUUCAAACCCUGCCAAAUUCUUCUACAUCAAGCCUGUUCAGACAGGGUUCCCUGCAGACUCUGACUCUCGCUUUGUUUACCGCAAAUUUUCGGAGAUUUUUCUCCGUAGGCGGGGUCAGGCUAGUUCUGUUGCUUCGAAUCAUGCACUUAAAGCUUCUGCCUUGGCUGCGAAGGAGCUUUUGGGUGCUGGAAGUGAAGAUGAGAAGUUGGAACGGAGUGAGGAUGGGCUGAAGAAUUUGUGUUGGUACGAGGAGAUGAGAAUGCGGGGGGAGGAGACUCAAGUUGUGGGGUCAGAGUUGGUCUGUAAGACAAUUUAUGGAUGGAAGGAGGCGAUUUCGCCACAUCUUGCUGCGGAAAGAGAAGGAACAGUUAUACAAGAUUUGAAUUUGUUGGAGUCGUUGCAGAGGUGUAUGUGGCUAGGUGUGGAUGAUGGAAGUAAUGGUCGAAAGGAAGGAAUUUGGAGCUUGAUUGAGACGGCAGGGGGUGUGGCGAGUCCAGGGCCUUCCGGUACUCUACAGUGUGACUUGUAUAGACCUUUCAGGUUGCCUGCUAUUCUUGUUGGUGAUGGACGAUUAGGAGGAAUUUCUGGAACUAUUUCGGCCUAUGAGAGCUUAAAACUACGUGGUUAUGAUAUUGUUGCUGUUAUUUUUGACGAUCAUGGUCUAAUAAAUGAGGUUCCCUUGUUGUCUUAUCUCCGGCACAGGGUACCAGUACUUGUUCUUCCACCUGUUCCACAAGAUCAAUCAGACAACCUUAUGGAAUGGUUUGAUGAAUCUCAGAGCAUUUUUGGUUCUCUUAAAGAGAUGAUGCUUUCUGCUUAUUUGGAAAGAUUGCAGAGAUUGCAGAACAUGCCAAAAAAGGCAAGAGAUAAUUUUUGGUGGCCAUUUACACAGCAUAAACUUGUUCCUGAAGAAAUUGUCACAGUUAUAGAUUCACGUUGUGGUGAGAACUUUGCAGUCCAUAAGGUUCAGAAUGCUGAUAUUAUUACUCAACAAUUUGAUGCUUGUGCUAGUUGGUGGACUCAAGGACCUGAUACUACCCUACAGAUUGAGCUUGCAAGAGAUAUGGGUUACGCUGCUGCAAGAUUUGGACAUGUGAUGUUUCCUGAGAAUGUUUAUGAACCGGCCUUACUAUGUGCAGAACUUUUGCUUGAAGGUGUGGGGAAAGGUUGGGCUUCUCGAGCUUUCUUUUCUGACAAUGGAUCAACAGCAAUUGAAAUUGCUCUAAAGAUGGCAUUCCGCAAAUUCUCACAUGAUCAUGGGAUCCUUCUGGACUCUGUUACAGGAAAUUUGGUUGAAAGAUCUCUUGUGUUCAAGGUUCUUGCUCUCAGUGGUUCUUACCAUGGUGAUACUUUGGGUGCUAUGGAAGCACAGGCACCAUCUUCAUAUACGGGUUUCCUUCAGCAACCAUGGUAUACAGGGAGGGGCCUUUUUCUAGAUCCUCCUACAGUGUUUAUCUGCAAUGGGAGUUGGAAUAUUUCCCUACCUGAAGUGCUACAAUCUAAAAGUCUGAAGCUUGAAAAUAUGAUCUUCAAUUCAUGUGAGGAACUCUUCAAUGGGAGCAGGGAAAGUUCUGAUCUCGCAAGGAGCUAUUCAACAUAUAUAACACAGCAACUGUGCCUAUUUUUGGGAUCGGAAGAUCAUAUUGGAGCCUUGAUUAUAGAGCCAGUCAUACAUGCUGCUGGUGGAAUGCAUAUGGUUGAUCCACUUUUUCAGCGAAUGCUUGUCAAAGAGUGUCGAAAUCGGAAAAUUCCUGUCAUCUUUGAUGAAGUUUUUACAGGUUUUUGGCGUCUUGGUGCUGAGUCUGCAGCAGAACUACUUGGUUGUACACCAGAUAUAGCCUGCUAUGCAAAGCUUAUGACUGGUGGGGUUAUACCCUUGGCUGCCACCUUGGCGACAGAAGCUAUCUUUGAUGCAUUUAAAGGAGAUUCCAAGCUCAUGGCUCUUCUGCAUGGGCAUUCUUACAGUGCACAUGCAAUGGGCUGCACAGCUGCUACGAAAGCCAUAAGAUGGUUUAAAGAUCCCCAGACAAACUCAAAUAUCAUUGCAAGAGGAAGGCGGCUUAGAGAGUUAUGGGAUGCGAAGCUUGUACACCAGAUAUCAUUACAUCCAGCAGUGCAGAGGGUGGUGACAUUAGGAACACUUUUUGCUCUAGAAUUAUGUGCAGAAGGCCAUGAUGCUGGGUAUGGAUCAUUGUAUGCGAGCUCUCUUGUUCGGAUGCUUCGUGAAGAUGGUGUUUAUUUGAGGCCUCUUGGUAAUGUUAUUUAUCUAAUGUGUGGUCCAUGCACAUCUCCUCAAAUCUGUAGUCAGCUAAUCAGCAAACUUCACAGGAGACUCAAUGAAUUCAGCCAAGCUAAUGCAUAAAUAUCGGUCUUGUAAGUUAGAUACUGCGAUAAUGCUAUUCAAUGGCUAUAAGCCUGUAACAUGCAACUACAAACGUUCUGUCAUGUACUUUUGAUUCUAUGGCACCUAUUAUUUAUUUACCAUAAUUGAUAAUA